AUGAAAGGCCACCUUUCUAGCCUUAAGAAUACGCCGAUCGCCAAUGAAUUUAGUCAAGAGAUAUGGGAACAAGAGCUUCUUACAUUUCUUACGGUCGCGCGGGGAGGAAUAUCGCGCCUAGACUCGAUGGUAAAGCCAAAGCGUCCCCGCUCUGCUGUAGCAGGCGAUGAGCUUUCGCAAUAUCUUGAUAGUGAUAUAGCGCCUUUAGUGUUUUGGAGGGAGAAUGCCUAUCGUUUCCUAACUCUUGUAGCCCUUGCACGAGAUGUGCUUUUAGUCCCUGCGACUGGUGCUGGUGUUGAACGACUUUUUAAUACUGCCCGAGAUAUCUGUCACUAUCGCCGUGGAAGAUUAAGUGCAACAACUAUCCAGGAGUUAAUGAUGUUUCUUUUAUUCCUACAGGAAUUCUUUACUCGCGACGAGAUCGAAGCGGCAAAGGAGGAGAAGGAAAUCACAACUGAUACAGUGAACGUCGAUCCGAUUAGUGAUACUGAGGAAGAGCAAACCUAG